AUGGUACAACAUGCUGCAAAAACAAUAAAAAAUAAAAUUGUUACAGGGGCAGAGAAGCAAAAAGAUAUUGUUUCAAAAAAUUAUAAAAUUCCUGGUCCAUUUGAACCAUAUCCAGGAAGAUCAUUUAAUGGUGAUUAUUUACCAUUAUUUCCUUUUGUCAAUCAGUAUAGUGGUGGUUUUGAUUAUGAUCCAUCUACAGCCAGACAUAUUGGUGGUGAUAUAAAUGUUCCAAUUCCUUCAUGGGGUAUUUUAGAUAUUAAUGGUCAUCAUUUCAAUAGAAUUCGUGAUACAACAACUAAAUUUGGAUUUAUGAAUCAUCCAGUAAAUAUGUUAGGAUUUGAUAAACAUGACUUUAUAAAACUUAUGUCAAGUCCAUCAUUACAACAUAAUAGAGAAAUGCAACCAACAAUACCACUUGGAGCUGUUCCAAGAAGAUAUGCACCUAUUUCAUGUAAAGCACCAUUUUGUAAUCCUUAUACUGGUACAUUUAUGUUUGGUGUGGAGCAUGAUAUUGGUGGUCAUGAUGGUAAUGAUGGUGUUAUUGAUGUACCAAUACCUGUAUCAAAAGAUACUGCUUAUAGAUUUCCAUUUGGUGGUUAUUAUUAUUAUGCUUUGGAUAAUAUUACUGUUACAUAUGGACAACAUUUAAGUCCUAUUGAUCCAUAUUCAUCUUAUUUAUUUCCUGAUUCAAAAAGUAACUAUUUUGAAAGAUUUUUUGAAAAUCAAAAUAAAAGAAUUAAAAGAUAUACUGAUGAUGAAAAUACAUACAAACAAAUGUAUCAAAUUAAAUUAAUUCCAAAAUAUAUUAAUAUUCCAAUAGUAUAUAAACCUUAUCCAUGGUUGAAACCACUAUACAUAACAUCAAUUAAAAAACCUAUAAAUUCUAUUAAAAUGGCAAAUGAUAUACAUUUUUCAAAUCAUUUAAAAUAUCCUUUUAAAAUGAAAAAAUAUCCUGAUUAUAAUUUGUAUAAUGUAUAUAGACAAAAUAUUGGUAAAAAUUUUAAUUAA